GCAAACGAUUAAAUUCGACGAAUAUGGCAAACAAAAUUCAGGAGUAUAAAAAAUGAUUCAUGGUCUUGCAAGACGCAGAACUGAUUGUGUGGGAACAGUGCGUGUAAACCGAAAAGGAAUACCAAACCAGAUAAAAACAAAAAAAAAAAUAGGAAAAGGAGAAUGUGUAGCUAUGUUCAGAAGAAAACAAAUGGUACUGAAAUGGAAGGAUAAAAAAGAUGUAGCAAUGAUCAGUACGAUACAUGACAACAAAAUGGUAGACAUUGAAAACCGAAAGAAAAUACUAAAAAAGCAGAAGUUGUUCUUGCUUACAAUAGGGAGCUUACAAUAG